AUGGUUUUGGGUGGUGGGAGAGGUGUUGGAGAUGAAGCAGGUGUUGGCUUAGAUGGAGGUUGUGGAAUAGGUGGCAGUGUAUAUGGAGGUAUGUCAGGUCUCGGUGGUGUCGGUGAUAGUGGAGGUCGGAUCUCUGCACUUGUCGAAGUAGAGGUCAGGUCGCUGCAUUUGAAGAUCAGAUCGGCUUCAUGGGAGAGAAGUGGAGCUGGAACUGGAGUUGGAGGUGUCGGUGGAGGAGCUGGUAAGGGUGGAAGAUUUAAAAGAGGUGAUGGUGGUGAUGGAGGUGAUGCUGGCGGUGACUUUGGAGGUGGAGCAGGAGGUGACCUUAGAGGUGGUGGUACUGAUGGAGUCUUAGAUAGCGGUGGCGUUGUCCGUUGCCGGAGCAGAUCCGCCACCGAGCUGGAGCAUUAA